CCUAACAACCAGCUGUCCAGGCGCUCCGUGGCUCUGCAGGCCGCUGGACCAACAGAGUCCCGGACAGAGAACUCGGCUCUUUAGCCGGAAACACGAUUAUGGACUGGUAAUCAGACUGAACCCAGGCUUCCGUCAUGAACGACCGGUACGACCGGUACCACCGGGCGGCCCGGGACGGCUACCUGGACGUCCUGAAGGAAGCCACGCGGAAGGACCUGAACGCCCCGGACGAGGAUGGGAUGACGCCGACCUUAUGGGCCGCUUACCAUGGCAACCUGGAGGCGCUGCGGCUCAUCGUGGGCAGAGGAGGUGACCCAGACAAAUGUGACAUCUGGGGGAACACGCCACUCCAUCUGGCAGCUGCCAACGGCCACCUCCCUUCUCUCUCCUUCCUGGUUGCUUUUGGUGCCAACGUGUGGUGUCUGGACAACGACUACCACACACCUCUGGACAUGGCCGCUGCUAAGGGCCAUAUGGACUGUGUUCGAUACCUGGAUUCCACUGCCGCCAAGCAGAUCACCCUAAACCCUAAGCUGGUCAGCAAGCUGAAGGACAGGGCAUUCCGGGCGGCGGAACGCCGCAUCAAGGACUGCGAGAAGCUCCAGAGGAGACACAGGGAGCGCAUGGAGAGAAAGUUCAUGAAGGAGUCAGUGGCUCUGGACAACCUGGAUGCUAUUAGUUUCUCCAGCUACACCAGCAGCAGCACACUAAGCCGAAAGUUCAACACCGUUACCUCCAACAUGCCAUAUUCACAGGCUACGUUGCAUUCAACAGCCAAGGGCAAGGCCAAGCUUCAGAAGAAACUCGAGAAGAAGAAGCAGGUUGAUGGAACGUUCAAGAUCUACGAAGACGGGAGGAAAAGUGUCCGCUCGCUUUCAGGCCUGCAGCUCGGUAACGACGUCAUGUUCCUUAAACAAGGCACUUACGCCAACCCUAAAGAACGGACCCGCCUCAACAUCCGGGACAUGUUCCCCCGGGAUAAUGAUGAUGACGUUGACACAGUUUCUCGUGCCAUGAGUGACCCCGGCCUCUAUGAGGCUGCGUACUCUGAAAUAAGCGCAGACUCUGGCCGGGACUCCCUUUUUAACCGCCCUGGUCUUGGCACUAUGGUCUUCAGAAGGAACUAUAUGACAGGCGGUAUGUUCGGGAUUGGAGGACGAGAUGAAGGGAGUGUUGUAGGAAGUGAACCUAUCGGUAGAGCACCUAACGUCCGUCUACGUGGACGCCUGCCUCAGCGUUCUCCUAGCUUUGAUGAGGACAGUAUCGGCAGCGCAAUAAGCCUACAGGAGAUGAACCUGCAAGAAUUACCUUGGGAAGAGGCCGACAUUGGGUUAGAUGAAGACAUGGAGCCAGAGAAUAAUCCUCUAGAGACUUUCCUAGCCACUCAGGGCCUCAGUGAGUUCUUACCCAUCCUCAAUCGUGAGAAGAUUGACAUGGAGGCACUAGUGCUAUGUUCAGAUCAGGACCUCAGUAGCAUUCAUAUUCCAUUAGGCCCAAGAAAAAAGCUGCUGGACGCUUGCAAAAGGCGUCUUGAUGUUCUCAAAGAACCAGAAGCUGUUGAAGACUCUGAGCUUUAAGAUUCAAUCUGUUUUAUAGUAGAAGCCUCAUCCUUCACUUUUAUUUCUACUAGAUAGGUGCAUGGACAACUUCCUUAAUUGUGAUGUCUUUGAUCAUUGAUAUACUUUCUCAUUGGGCCAGGUCUCCAGAUGAAAUUAUCAAUGUUUCUCAGAGUAUAAUGCCACCAUCUAGUGGCCACCAGGUGUAACUAUACAUAAGCUGACUCUGAAGGUUCUUUAAAGCAUGAGUUUUAUUUGUAUUUUUACACAUACUUAUGUGAAAUGUAGAGUUUGGCUCAAUAUUGUGCUGCUAAAUACAAAACAAUUAACAAAUAACAUAAAGUAAUACAAACUUUACUGUGAAUACAGUUUUUGGUUUUCCAAAAGUACAAUACAAUAAAACAUUCCUUAUUGUAACAUUCAAUAAA